UCUAGCGUGGGAAAGUAACAAAAAUUCUGAAAAUCGAAUAUUUUUUUGCGAUAAAAUGUUUUGGGGCAUAUCUUUGGAAGUUGGCAAACGUUACAGUCAAACAGUUGAAAAAUCUUUUCACAUCUCAAUGGCAGCACUGACUGCUACCAGUGAUGCAAAGGGGGCAGUUACUGUCAUGGUUGAAGUUGAGAAAGCAUGCUACCCCAUAUGCACCUUGAAACCAGGCAAGAUUCCACAGCAAGCACUUGACUAUAUUUUCACAGAAGGGGAAGAGGUCUUAUUUUAUACUGAAGGAGACCUUGAUGUCCAUUUAACAGGUUAUCUUAUUGAUGAGCCAAGUCCAUUUGAAUACAGUACUGAAGAUGAUGAAAGUGGUUCAGAGUCCAAUGCAGUCAGUUCAGAUGAUGAAAAUGAGGCUAAUGAUAGGAAGAGAAAGAAAUCUGAUAACGAGGAAGAGACAUUAGAUAGUUUAAUCUCUGAACUAGAUGGCCUUAACGAGGAUAACGAGAACAAGGUGGACAUUUGGUUGGAGAGAUCAGCGAGAAAGAAACAAAGGAAUGGUGAUUUAGAAAAUGACACUGCAGCGGCAGUUGGAGGCAGUAGUCUUUCUGGGUUGCUGCUUUAUAACGAGGACAGUGAGGAAUCCGAGGAUAAUGAUUGGAUACCAGGGGGUAACAAUUGGAUACCAGAGGGUAAACGGAAGCUCAAGAAGAAACAAAAAUCUGAAGUGAAGGAAAAGAGAGCAAAGCAGACUUUAAAAAGUGAUAUCAACAAAAAAAUUGACAGUGAAUCAGAUAAAAGUCCCAGUAAAUUAAAUACUUCAAAAACUAAACAGAAAAACCCUAAAAAGAAAAAAUCAAGUAAUUCUAAAGAACAGGAAGAAAAAUAGUCUAAAUAAAACUAUAUAAGAGAUUGUAUUUACCAAUAUACCUUAGAGAAGGUGCUUACUGCUUAUACGUCACACAGUUUUCAAUCUAUGUAAAAUGAGGUUAGUUUUCCCACAUGUUUCCCACAUUGCAUUGCCAUUUAUUCUUUGACAGCCCCAUAAAGUAAGCACCUCUAAAGUAUAUUAGGAAUGUUGUAAAUAACAUGAUAUAUGUAUGUGUGAGGUUUUUUAUUCUAGAUCUACCGCUUGGAAAAAACC